UUCAAUGAUGAAUACAUGAGUGCGAUCUACUUUGUAAAUACAUACUGUACAUAUAGCGAGAUGAGUACACAAACCCGUUCCGGAGGUGGCGGCGGUGGCGGUGGCGGUGGCGGCCGUAACAAGUCCAAGGCCAAACACCAUGAAAACAAGGAAAAUCUGGCCAAGGACGAAGGACAGAACCAGUCACAGCAGUACCCGAAAGGAGGUCCGGCCGCGAACAAUGUCAGUGGAAAUGAUGGGCCAGCUGGUGGUGCUGCUGCUUCCGCCGGCGGCGGUAAAGGAGGCGAUCAUCAUAAACAGAAGGGCAGCGGAGGCCACAAGGGCACAGACAAUGCUGCUCCGAAGGUUGUUGAUGCGAAGGAAAAGCAGCCGAAGGAAACUGGCGGAAGUGGUGGCGGCGGUAACGCAGCAGGAACCAACAACGAAAAAUCCGGCGGAUCUACAGGGGCAGGCUCUAGUGCUGGGGCUGGGGCCGGCGGUGCGUCUGCUACUCACACUGCGGUUAAGGCGAAGCAACCGACCGCCGAACAGAUCCGCAUUGCUCAGAUCACAGACAUCAAGAGCGGCAUGGAUGAUCCGAAGAUUCAGGAGAAAAUCCAAAGCCUGAUGGAAACCACGCAACGCUCCGAGGAAGAGGUGUGCUGCGCACUGCAGGAGUGUGACAGCGAUCUCGACCGCGCAGUCAUCUUUCUGCUUGAGACGCUUCCCGUGGGCGCCUUCGCGACUACGUCUAAAAAGAAAAAGAGCAAAUCUCAGGCGGCGGCGCAGAAAGAUGGCGAUGACGGUGGCGACUGGGACACAGUGGGUCCGGCGUCCGGUGGUGGCAGCGGCGUUCAGCUUGGCGGCAUCAACGUCGAUCUGAAGGAGCAGCAGCGUCGCGGUGGCAAUCGUGGCGGUCCGGCCAAUCAACGCUCCGGCGGUCCGGGUCGUGGUGGCCGUGCUGGAGGCUAUCGUGAUGGCGGCGGUGACCGUGACCGAGAUCGCGACCGUAACGGCUACGACAAGGGUGGUGAAGGCGGUGGCUACCGCAACCGGACGGGAGGCGAGGGCGGUCGUAUGCGGGGUGGCCGCGACGGUGGAGGCCCGGGAGGUCCGGGUCGCGGUAACUACGGAUCGAGGGGAGGUCGUGGUGGUGGUCCGCGGCUUGGCACUCGCGGACCAGGUUCCCGUGAUCAGAACCGAGGUUCGCGGAUGAUGAACAACGAUCAUCAGGAGAUUGACUCGUGGAACCCAGUCACGACAACGGCAAACGCGAACGAUCUCAAACCGGAGGAAUGUUCGGCGUUCACCGAUACGUGGGGUGACUGGGACAACGAGGAGUACACGGGAUCGUUGUCGGAUACCAAAGUUUUUACUGCUAGCACCACCACUACGGCAACGGCCCCGGCUGGUGCUGGUACUGGACCCCAGGCGCAGCAGCAGCAGCAGCAGCAGUCCACGCAGACCGGCGUAACAACGGCGGCUUCCAACGUUACGGAGCUGGCGGCACCACCGGGCCUGGAGCAGCAGGUGCUGAAUCCUCCGGCACCAAAAGAUACGGAGUUGGUGCAGCAGUACAGCACGACCGUUGUUUCGAGCACGGCCACUGCUGCAGUUGCUGCCGGUGGUGGCGGUGCAGCGACCGGCGUGGCUGGCGUUGUGCCGCAGUAUUCGGACCUGCACGCAGGCACUCCGAACGCUACGACUGCCGCUCAGCACUUACGGCAGGCGCUCGAUAUGCCACCGAUGAACACGUCCUCGUCGCUCUCGGCAGAACAAAGUCAGUAUUUUAGCACAUUAUCAUCUCAGAAUUCCAAUCUCCAGGCAACGCCGAGCACCGUCGGCUUCCAGCAGCAGCCGCAGACGCAGCCAGGUGUGGUGCCAUCGCAGCAACCCGCCACGGUACCGCAAGCUCAGCAACCGCAGCAGCCGCAAUCUAAUUCCGUGCAAUAUCCGACCGCAGCAUACGUUGGUGGAACUAACGAUGCGGCUGCCGGGGCUCCGACAAGCUAUGCGGCUGCUGCUACCCAGCAACCACCGGUGCGGCGGCAGCAACGGGCCCGUGUACCGCCACCAUCCAAGAUUCCGUCGACUGCGGUGGAAAUGCCGGGCGACAAUAUGAACAAUAUUGGCUACCUGGAUGUGCAGUUUGGCGGUCUCGAUUUCGGUGCGGACGACUCGUUCGAUGCUGUGGUGUCGGAUAAGUUCAAUUCCACCGGAGGAAGCGGCACUGCUGGCGGUGGCGGCGUGAUGGAUCAGUCGUCCUCUACCGGACAGGCUUCGGCGGUGUCGCAAGCGACGCAGUCCGUUGGUGGCCAGCCGCAAGCGUCGCAAACCCAGCCCGUGCCGCAGCAACAGGGUACGCAAGUGCCGCAGGCAACGGUAGGAGUGCAGCCUCAACCAACGCAAAGCCAGCUGCAGCAGCAGCAACAGCAGCAGCAGCAGCAGCAGCAAGUCGUUUCGCAAACUCCGCAGCAAGCUGUGCAACAGCCGGUGGAUGUGAACGACUACCAGUCGAAGGUUGGCGGAGGCGUCGUACCGGGCAGCGUCGUUGUGCCGAACAAUAUGCAGCCCAAACCGUCCAACCUACCCGUCGCCCCCGGUUUGUCAUCGUCGCAGAUUAUGCCGGGCCAGGGUGCGGCCGAAGCCCUCUCAUCUCAGAAUGAUGCGCUUACCAACAGCUAUUCGCAGCGUAACAACGCAACUGGAUCGGUGUCUACAUCCGUUAGUGCCGGUGUGAAUUCCAUGAGCAACGCGGCGGCAGCGUUAGAUCAGCUGACGAAGUCGGAUCCAUAUGGUCAAUCGGCCAGCACGAACACAGCGCUGACCGGUGGCUACCAGAACGCUCCUUACUCGUCUACGCAAACGAAUAAAACUCAGUCGUAUCCUCCUUCGGGCGCACCGCAAGCGUACAACAACAUGAGCUAUUCCAGCAACCAGGUCACUAACGCCUAUCCCCCGUCGACGAAUAACUACGGUUCGUACAAUCAGGGCAAUGUGAAUGCUUAUCAGCCACCAAGCAGUAGCGUGACCAACAAUGUUGUUCCGAACAACAAUGCCGGCAACUCGGUUGGAGGUGUUUCCAAUCAAUCGAACCUGCCGGUCAACAACAACGCCGUGAAUAGCAGCUCGAACAAUAAUUCGGGUGGCUACCUGUCCAGCCAGUAUCCUGUAAACCAGACGUCGUCUGCCUUCCCGUCACAGCAGAACUAUCAGAACAGUUCGCAGAACGUGUACGGAAACGCUGGACUUAGUAGCAACACAGGGUAUUCUGGAAGCACAAACACUACAUCCGGCCAGUAUGGUAGUAAUUUUAGUUCGUCGAAACUGAAGGACACGCCGGUGGUUUCAACGCCAUUCGAAAGUGUGGCAUCCAGUACGGUUUCGAACAGUAGUGCGAACAAUUCCAACAAUAAUGUAACCAGUUCGUCUUCGCUGCCCAUCAGUUCCGUGGUAUCCACGACAACGAAAAGCAGCAGCAGUACUAGCGGCACGGGCGUUGUCGCCAACAUGCCGUUGGUAAAUCCGUACAUUCAGGCACCGGGCGUGCCGUUCUACCAGCAGGCUGCUGUCUAUUCGUACGAAGAUUUGCAGCUAAUGCAACAGCGUCUGCCGCAUGUGCCUGGUUUUUACGACAUCAACUACCAGACGCCUACGAGUCUCGGCGCGGCCGGUGUGCGCGACGCGAACCUCGGUUCCGUCGCGUACUCGACCAUGUCCGAUGGUCGGUUCACGCGAACCGACAACAACUCGUCACCUCAACAGAUGCCCACAAAUGCGGCAACAUCCGGCGGUCAGUUCCAGAAGCCGGCUUAUAACACCGGAGGGUAUGGUUCGGCGGCCGGGUACGACACGCUAGGUCAGUCGGGGCAGGAUUACAACAAGAAUGCUUACCAACCGUCGAUCGUGGGACAGCAGCAAUCGAAGGGUCAAACGGUGGCCAAUCCGCAAUCCGGCUCGGGCAGUGGAUCCGACAUGGCGCCGUCGAUGUACGGGAAAAACCACGUGGCAAUUAACAAAGUCAAUUAUGACAAACAAUCGUUCCAUUCGGGAACUCCGCCGCCGUACAACAUUGCCGGAACACAAACGGCUGGAACGACUUCCGCACAACCCUACGGGCAGCAUCUCGCGUACAUACCAACAAUGGCGACGCAUCACAAUAUCAAUAUGCAUCAAAACAUGCAUCAGGAUUCCAACAGCAGCGGUCAAAGACCGCAGACUAACAACCAGGGAAAGACUGGCAGCAAGCAGCAAGGUUACUCUGCGUCUACUUACUGGACUGGGCCGAAUUAAAGUCGUGCUGCGGAGAGUGGAGGAGAAAGUAGGAAGAGAUAGCAGAGAGAGAGAGAGAAGGAGAAAGAGCGCUAAAAUAAUGUAAAAAAACAAACAACAACAUGUGGGUGGUAGUAUGUUUUCGAUAGAUUCUUUCCACUAAUAAACAAAACAACCACAACUCAACAUACACAAACACACACACACACACACUUACAGACAGAUCCAGAACACAAACGCAAAAACACAUACACACGGACCGAUGGAAAGAAUGACCGGCCAGCAGAGGAUACAUAGCAAAACAGCAGAUCGAACAGCGAUUAAAAACAGAAUGAGACAGAGAAGGAUGUGCGUGCGAAGAGGAGGGGCACAUGGGAAGGGUAUAUAGUUAAGUGUCAGCUCUGAUCAUCGAUGUCCGUUGAUCUCUAUAAAGGAAGGAAUGUGGUUCCAUUUUACGUUUAUAACUCGCGCAUAACAUACCAUACGCAUAUGCAUGAUACAUGAAGCAGAAGGGAGAAAGAAGCUCGAGAUAGUGUCGUACAUAAAAAAUAAACACAUUUUUCAUACAUAAAGACAAGCCGAAGAAGAAGCAAACAACAAAUACAAAUUUAAAUUACUUAAUUCAAACUCAAACGAGAGCGGCGAAUGUUACCUUUUUUGUCUGUUACUCGAGACCGAGAGAGACAGCGAGAGAGAGAGAUAGAGACGGUUGCUCGUAGAUCGGAAGUGUUUGGUAGCGUGAAAAGUGAGAGAGCGAGAGAGCGAUAGAGAAAGAGCCUUAAGUGUUUGCCAAUAUCCCCUUCCUGGUGAGAAGCUGAUGAUGUUUUCGUUUUAUGAGUGUGUAGAAGACCUGUCUGCCGCGUCAGCGUUGUCGAUGGUGUUCGCUUUGAUGGAAGAAGCGUUCGGUACGACAGCAGCAGUGUGCACACACGUCUAAACAAAAAGCUGAGUUCCUUGCAAUUGAGAUCUGAUCUUCUGUGGUUCAUGACACACAGAUCUUCACUCUGGUGUGCGAGUGUUUGACGAAUGUCAAACACAGCGGAUUAUUUGCUGACUCUCUCUCUGUACAUGUUUUUGAAGUACGUGUGUGGUGAAUGUAUUUAGAAGCUUCCGUUUUUUUUCGUGUCCGCUAAACGAGACUUAAUCGGACUCGAAUGAUCAACACUUGCUCUCGCAUGCAGAUGCAAGAUGAAAAUUUGGUGUGUGAUCGUUCGUCCUAGUUGUGUCACCUGCGCACUCUGCGUGAUCGAGAUCUCUGUUGUAAUACUGAAUGGAGCGAAUCGAUUCGAAUGCUACACUAUCAAUCUCCUUUGUGUGUUGGAGUAAAAGAAUGGCGUAUAAUCUGAAUGACUAAUGAUAGAAUAAUGACGAAUCAAAUAAUGAAAUUGGCGCUACAAUACAGACUGAAUCAAUGAAAAAGAAA